CAUAGUCCUGGCUGGAAAUAGUCCCGUUUCCAUGACAACAUAACAGUAGUUGUGCCAAUAGAUUUUCACAUUUCCUGAUGAUUUCCCGAUGCAAUACAUCCUAAUAAAGACUGUAUUAAAUGUGUUUAAGAUUUGUUUUAGUAACAGUGUUUUAAAAUGGCCUACCAUUUCGACAGUGGUCAGUUCAACAAAGAGUCUAUGCCGAAGCGACUCGGCAACUGGCAGGUCCCACGUUGGGCGCCAAGCCGGGCUAGGCCGGUUGAAAUGCGUCCAAACCCGAAACCGAUUUGCGAUAUAAACGGCCACUUCUUGCCCGGUGCUCCGAGAGGAACAUCGAGAUGCUUCGGCCACUACACCGGGACUUGGGACCUGCCGAGGAAGAUUACGAGGAAAGUUGCGGAAGAAUUAGCUAAGGAGCCACCAAUGGGAAGAUUCCCAGAUUGGGUCAAUCUUCGUGUGCAGAGGCCUAAGGCAGCAGCAGCAGGGCGCAUGCGUACUGGAAAACGUGGGAAAGCAAAGGAGGAAAGCGUACCAAUAGAGGAACAGACGUUCAUUCCACGCCAAUGCCCAUUCCACAAGCACAAGCGCACAAAAAAUAGAAGCACUGAAGACAGGAAGACUUAGUAUCGCACGCAUAGUAAUUUUUAUUUAUUAUUUAUAAAUAGAAAUUAAUAAGAAAUUUAAGUUAUUUUUGUAAAAUCUUUCCAUGUCUGUGCUGUCAAUGGUUCUGAGGUUAAUAACGAAGAAAUAAACGAAACUGAAAAAGCAGAUA